GCUUCCGAGCACGGCUUUUUCCCAUCUUAAGCACUACGCCCCAGGUUGCAUCGCGCUUCAAAUCCCGAUCAAUGUCGCUACAAGCCGGCGUCCGGUGGCCGAUAAAGAUUGGAAAAAGUGGGUAGCAACGACAUCAAGUCGAUAG